AUGGUUUUCUACGCAUAUGUCAAACAGAGCACCAACUACGAUUCCUGGCGAUACGUGGUGGCUUUCGCUAGCCGUGAGGUUGCCGAUGAGUGGUGGCGUGCCGUGUCCACUUCCUCCGUCGCUAGUUUCACGAACAGUAUUAAGCGUGUCAACGCCCAGUUCUACCUCCAUGAUGUGAACCAGGCCAACGUCGCCAACUCCCUCGUCACGACUGGGGUUGCGACCCAAUUCCUCAACAAGGUGAUUUUCCUGUUGAUGGACGACCUAGGUGGUCGCCAGUUGAGCAUCAUUCCGUCGCCUUCUCAUUUCGUGGACCACGUUAGCGAGAACUCUUUCUACAUUCGCUCCAAAGUCUCUCCUUACGUGUACUGGUAUUUCCCCCCCGAUGUCAUUCCCACCGCGGUCUAUGUGUCGCACACUGAACGCACUCGUUUCCGUAUCGCUCGUCACACUAGCGAAGGUGGUCACAAAGGGACCAUCAUGAUUGGCUCUGACCAUGUCCAUAUCACGUUGACCCUCGCCAGUCUGUCCCUUGACGUCGACGCCAAAGGUCAAGUGAUACUUUCAAGUGCUCCCAGGGAGUUCUUGUUUGGUGACCUUUUGGGAAAAUUCACCGUGGGGCCUACUGUGCAGGACAGUAAGGGUCAGAGCUUGAACAUGCGGGAACUUUUCUACAACGAAAACGGGGAAGAUUGGGAACUCGCUUAAACUGCUAUCGUUUCAUAUUAGCAAAUGAGACAUAAAGUUUGUCUUGUACUAGUACUGUACUACUGUUGUAACACCGGAGCAAUUGCAUUUCUUGUCGACGCCUACAA